UGCGGACAUAGUACAGGGGAUGACCAGAGACUGCAAAACAUAGUACAGGGGAUGACCAGAGACUGCAACACAGUACAGGAGAUGACCAGAGACUGCGGACACAGUACAGGAGAUGACCAGAGACUGCGGACACAGUACAGGAGAUGACCAGAGACUGCGGACACAGUACAGGAGAUGACCAGAGACUGCGGACACAGUACAGGAGAUGACCAGAGACUGCGGACACAGUACAGGAGAAGACCAGAGACUGCGGACAGUACAGGAGAUGAACAGAGAUUUUAGACAGUACAGGAGAUGACCAGAGACUGCGGACAGCAGUAUAGGGGAUGACCAGAGACUGCAGACAGUACAG